UUUUUUUACUUGGUUCUUCUGUGUGUUUGAUGACAAUGAGUGAAAUCAACGCUACAAAAACAACAUGAAAGAGAUAAUGGGGGAGUGCUAGUUCGAUUGCAAAGAAGCACAAAAAUGACGACCAAAAACAGGUUCAACAAGAGCCAAAGCCAAUGGGUGAAACGUAAGCGAAAGAGAGCGUGAAAGGGAGAAGAGAAUUGCUAGUUGGAUUGCAAAGAAGGCCAAGAGCGAGGUCCAACCAGUCCCAAUGCUUAAGCAAAAGCGUGCAGGAGAGUCCAGGGAUCAAGAGGAAGUAAACUUCUUAAGUGGGGAAUUGAGGACCUCGUGAAUUAAGGACUGUUAACUGUUUGAGGCUUUUUGAUGAGAUUAAGGAAUGCGAGUGAUAAAUGAUGUAGCUUUUUGAAAUUUGAGGUGAUGGAAUCCCAUCGAGCAAGUAAAACACAUCUGGAACUCUGUAAGGCUGUGACUUCUUCUGAGAAGUGAGAAGCUAGCUAGGCCUAGGAGUGGAUCAGCAGGUACAUGCCUGCUGGGUGCUUGGCUCCCUAAACCCAUUUGUUACAUAAAGAAGCCAUAAGAUAACGAAAAGAACCCGGGAUCCCUUUUUCUUUUCUUUUUUAUUCAUAUCUAAUUUUGUUGGGCAAAGCCACUCCUCCUGGACCUGGACCUGGACCUGGACAGCAGCAGUAGAGAGAAUGGAAGAGAGGGAGGACCUGAAGUCAAUAUUAGCAUUCUUACCGGUGGUUGCACGGAGCUGGAGUCUUUUCUGGCCAUCCCAAGUGGUGGAGACACUCAAGGACUUGGCCAGAGGUCCCCAGCACAGUGGGGUCAAUUCCGGGGAGGUUUUAUUCGCAGCCAUCUCCGACCUCAGGCGCUCUCUCUCUCUCUCCUCCUCUCAUCCUCUCACUCCUUGUGUCGCUGACGGAUACGCCCUCUUCUUCGAUGAGAUCAUGCCGAGGGACGAAUCUGGAAAAUGGUUCGGAGAAGUAGUCCCCGCAUUAGCAAAUUUGCUUUUGCGGUUGCCUUCUUUGUUACAAGUUCACUAUCAAAAUGCAGAUGGGCUUAUUAAUGGACUCAAUACUGCUCUUCGUCUACUUGAUUCACAACAACCAGGAAUAGUGUUCCUCAGCCAGGAACUAAUUAGUGCUCUUCUUGGGUGCUCUCUAUUUUGUUUGUUCCCAGUCAUUGAUAGAAGUGCCAAACAUCUCCCAACAAUCAACUUUGAUCAUUUGUUUGACGCUCUAUAUGACAGUCAUAAUCAAAAGCAGGAGAGUAAGAUAUGGUGCAUUAUACACUACUUUGAAAAGAUAACUUCACGUAUGCCUACUGGUUUUGUGUCGUUCGAGCGGAAAGUACUUCCUUUGGAACAAACUCCACUAAGAAUUUCUUAUCCGAAGGCUGAGUUUUGGAGAAAUUCAGUCAUUCCACUCUGCCGUUUUGAGGUUCACAGGUCAGGCUUGAUAGAAGAUCAAUCAAGUGGAGCUCUCGAAGUUGAUUUUGCAAACAAGUAUAUAGGAGGUGGUGCUCUUCAUAGGGGCUGUGUACAGGAAGAGAUCCGUUUCAUGAUCAACCCCGAGUUAAUUGCCAGCAUGCUGUUCAUGCCUUCUAUGGCAGAUAAUGAGGCUAUAGAAAUUGUUGGAGCCGAAAGAUUUUCAAAUUAUACAGGGUAUGCUUCUUCAUUUCGUUUUUCUGGUGACUAUGUGGAUGAAAGGGAUGCAGACUCUUUUGGAAGACGUAAAACCAGGAUUAUUGCAAUAGAUGCGUUAUGCAGCCCAGGGAUGAAACAGUAUAAACAAGAGUUAAUCCUCCGGGAGACCAAUAAGGCAUUCUGUGGCUUUCUUCAUCAAUCGAAAUGUCAGGAGUACAGUAGAUUGGUUCGAGAGAAUGAACGACUGAACAGAGAUUCUGCUAUGAUUCGAUCUUUGGAUUAUGUGGUUGAUAUUGGGAUUGCAACUGGGAAUUGGGGAUGUGGUGCUUUCGGAGGAGAUCCUGAAGUGAAGGCCAUAGUUCAAUGGCUUGCUGCAUCUCAGGUAAGUCGAUGGAUACAGCUGCACCAAUGGACAGUAGGAGAACUCUGGGAUCUGUUGGUGGAUUACUCAUUGCAGAGAUUGAAGGGAGAGACUAAUGAUGGAUUCUUUACAUGGCUUCUUCCAUCUCUACUAGCCAGUGAUACUGAGAUGUUGGAUUUGCCUGAUGAUUGAAUGACUGACUGACUGACUGACUGACUGUUGUUGUAGCCUGGUUUUCUAUUCCUGUGUUUAUAUGCCUUUCUUUCCUCUGCAUUUUAGUAUACUUAGGCUGUAAAGAUUAUUUUCAUAAUUUAGAAUUUUAGAGCUUUGGUGAAUUGGGCCAAGGGUAGAAACGGCUUUCUUGCAUAUGGAAUUGGGCCCAAUCUGUACAAGACGAGGAGUAUGAACUAAGCAACUCCCAACAAAAUGUACCUUCAAUUCUAUUUUUUCCCUCAAAAAAAAAAAAAAAAAAAAAAAAA